GUUUAACUCCAGUGUUCUCGCCGACUGGCUGGCUGGCUGGUCGGUCAGUCAGAACGGCCGAGUCGCGCUCUCACCAGCUCCUUUAUUUCUCUACACAGUUCCCUCGAAUGACUCCGCGUGUGUGGAAGUCCACCGAGUCUUGCUCGAGACGGUGUCGCGUCCAAUAACAACUGUCAGAUGAAGUGCUGGUGUAAAAUAAGAUGCGACGAAGAUUUGAUGGUUUUGAAGAGGAUACGAGAAGAUAUCGCAGACAAAGAGUUAUAGAUGAUGAUCAUGUAGGAUUUCGUCUUUUGGAUCCCAGUGCCAAUGCUCAUCAUCAAUAUUAUUUGGAUAUUCCCGAGCCUCCGCGUGCACCGGAACCGUAUAAAAUAUCCGGUGCGUCAUCAUCGAUGACACGAGCGCACCGCAGAUCGAGUUUUGUUAUUCUUGCUGAUGCAAUCGAACCGACAUCGCGAUCUGUCGGUGGAUCGCCGACGCACGAACAGAGAAUUAUCAGAAGUCCAUUGUCUCCAACGAGAGUUGUACCUGGUGGUAGAUCCUCCCCCUUUAGGCCUAGAGGUUUUAAAGGACCACCUCCUCAUGCACAAUCAAGACCACAGAGUCCUCCAGUACCUGCUCAACGACGAUUUAUUCAACCCAAAUCAUUGUCACAAGGUAAUAGUCCUCGGAAACAAAGUCUGAUACCCCAACCACGAGGUGGUUUAACUUCACAUCGUGCUAAGACUCAAAAGAACAAAGAUCGUGAUAAAUGGGAACGCCGGUCCGGUCGUUAUGUCACCAGGAUACCACGUUCUAGCUCACUCAAGGCCCCAGUGAAACGUCCGACAGGGGAGACAAUACGUGCGGCAAAGUCUUCAACAACAAAAACAACAACAACAACAACGACUAAAACUUCUGGUGUUUCUACUGGUGCUAAAAAUUCAGCUGCAACUAAAACAGCGGAUAAGAAAAUAAAUCGAUCGCCAACAAAAAUACCUGUACGUUAUGCAGCUUUCGCUCCUAAUGGAAGCGUCGGAGGUGGGAAUAAUGCCGGAGGUGGAAGAUUUAUUCAGAUUUCCGAUAAAAAUGAUAAGCAAGAGAAAAAAGAAAUAAAUUCACCGGCUGUAUCUUCUGAAUCUUCGUCUGCACCUGGAACGACCGACGAUUCUGUUGUGAUUGCGAGCGAAGAAAUACCGGCAGUAAAACCUGUAGAACAAAAAGAAACCGAUCCUGGAUUAGUGGAUCUUCUUAAACAUCCGACAAAAGGUGAAGGAACUAAAAGUGUCGUUAGUGCAACGACCACAACUGCAGUACAGCCGCUUAAAAUUGACACAACAAAUAUUAUUCCUCAUGAAAGUACUGGUGAGACAACUGCUGUCGUUACGAAUACUAAAGAUGAUAAUAAUAAAAAAAGUUCACAAAGUUUUGUACCGGAACAGAUUAAAUCUGAUGCUAAAAUAGAGAGUAAAACUGAAGCUAAAGCCGAGACUAAAGCUGAAUCUAAAGUAGAAGCUAAAGUUGAACCUGCGAAAAGUAAAACUUUGGUAGCGGAUGAUAAAAUUUCGGACGGUCUUCAAUCCGUCGAAGCAGUCGUUGAGCCAAUGAAUGUUGAAGCAUUAGUUGAAAAUAUAAAACCGGAGGAUAAUAAGGAGCCGAAGAUAAUUAAAGAUGAAAAGAUUGUCGAGACAAAGGCAACUGAUCAAGUUAAAGUACAGACUAAAGAAGAUACUAGUGAUAAAAAAUUAAAAACUGAUGAAACUGAUAGAAUAAUUCAAACUGCUGCUGCUGGUUCACUUAAUCCUGAGGACGAUAAGCGCCGAGAUCAAAAGCUUUUGAAUGAAAGGACUGAUCAGACCCAAGAUAAGUUACGAAACCACGGAAGUGAAACUUCUCUUAAGUCAUCUAAUGGCUUAUCGACUUGUUCUGUCGAGAGUAUCCGCUCUACUGACACCGGAGUUAGUCUCAAUACCGUACGUGGUGUGUCAUCGGCGAGAGAAAAACGCGGUACCCAUGUGGUUAAACGGUCACAGGAAAUAGAAACACUCAGUGGAAAUGUGAUGAAUAUUGAAAACCAACGAAAUGGCGAGCCAGCAAUCGUCGAGGUAACCGAGCCGACAGUCGAUGUAAUUCAAUCAACCGACAACAGCCAGCCACAAAUAGUCACCAAACGUCAGAGGUUUGUCAAAUGGAGAAAUUCGGUGGUGAAACGGCUGCAGGAUCGCUGGAGCAACACAAAAGCUAAAGGAAGAAAUAUCAAGUGUUUUAAUUUUCGGAAGAAUAAAAAAAAAGAUACCAAGUUGAGUAAAACUAAUCGUAAACAACAACAACAACAACAACAACAACAACAACAACAACAACAACAACAUGAACAAGGAGCUACGGGUGCCACAAAAAAACCAAGUGCUUGGUCCCGUUUGAAGCCAGCCUGCUGCAGAAAUCUGCGAGGACGUUCACGGGUAGCACCAGCAGAAACGACAAGCUGCUGUCGUCCUGAAAAAAGUUGCUGUUUCUUAUGUAAGCCAAGUUUAAGCUGGUGCCGAUGGCCCAGUUGCUGUUCCUGCAAACCCAAAGAGACCACCAGGAACGUACGUGCCAAACACAGUUUAACGAGCGUCGCACCACCGCCACUCUCGGAGGAGCAGAAAUCCAAGAUCCCGGAUGUUCUGAUUGAGCACAACUCCGUGAUGCGGGCUGCCAUUCCCUGUCUUCCCGUCCCACUGGCCUGGUUCUGCCUCGUUUGGAAUGUCCUCCUUCCCGGUACAGGUACUCUGUGGAGUGGGUUGUUUAAUUUAUGCGUCGGUCAGCCUCGGUUUGCUGCGACAGCUAGUGCUAAAUCACGACUAGGCGCAUUUAUUGUCGAUAUUAUUGUUGGAGUCAGCCAAGCUUUUACUGUACUCUUUUGUCUGGUCGGAUGGGGUUGGAGUAUCUGGUGGGGUGUCACGAUGAUACGUUUAGCGAGAAAGUGGAAACGAUUCAAAGCCGCUGAGGCUAGUAACAAUGACGUCGAAGCUAGAGGAAGUAUUGAUGCAGUUUUGCCUCCACCUGGAGUACCUACUCAAGCUCUUCGUGGAAUGGAACGGGCUCGUUGAUCUCCCGAAUGAUUGGCUUCCUGCUAUUGUAUUCUAUAUACUCAUCUCUUAUUCUUCCGUCUGAUAUUUAUAUAUAUAUUUGUAUGAUAGGGUGUGUCAUUUUAGGGCAACUUUUUUUUCUACGCAUCACUGGCUUUUAUACUUGCAGGGGCUUAUCGCGAUUUUCUAUUUCCUAUAUAAAUAACAUGGAAAAAAAAAAUUGUUUGGGAUUUUUUACCUCGGGACAGGAUAUAUUUUUCUAGGGAAUUUAACGCUCUACAAAAAAAGUCUAUCACUUUUUCGUAAAUCCAUCUGUUCAAAAGUUAGUUGAGUUUGAAGUUAAAUUUAUAGUAAAUUUCGAGAUUUUUUUACUUUUCCCGCGAAAAUAUCAGACUUAUCACAAAAUUUCAAAGCAUCUUUUUUGUAGACAAUUUCAUUUCUGACAAAUUAACUCUGAUAAAGUUUUUUGAAAUUCCGCAUUGAUUUCUAGUUAUUUUCAUUUUAAUCCCAAGUUCUUGAAAUCGAUAAGAACACUUUUUUUCAAGAGCUUGACAUUAAAAUGAAAAUAACUAGAAAACAAUGCGGAAUUUUAAAAAACUUUAUCAGAGUUAAUUUGUCGGAAAUAAAAUUGUCUACAAAAAAGAUUCAGUGACAUUCAGUGAUAAGUCUAAUAGUUUCGCUGAAAAAGUAAAAAAAUCUCGAAAUUUACUAUAAAUUUGAUUUCAAGCUCAAAUAACUUAUGAGCAGAUGAAUUUAUCAAAAAAUGAUAAGAGAUUUUUUUUGUAGAACGUUAAAUUUCCUACAAAAAUAUAUCCUGACCCGAGGUAUAAAAUUCCAAACUUAAAAUUUUUUUCCCGCUAUUUAAAUGGAAAAUAGAAAAUCGCGAUGAGCCACUUCCUGCAAGAAUAGAAAUUAGUAGUCCAUUGAAAAAAAAAAAGUUGCCCUAAAAUUACACACCCUAAUAUAUAUAUUACAACAGUAACAGAUAACUCCGAUACUUAUGCUUUCAAUGAAAGCCUGUAUAUAUAAAUUUUUAAAGGAUAAUUUUAAAUCAAUCCCUUAUUAUAAAUAUAUAUACAUGUAUAUAUAUAAAUAAAUAUAUAUGUAUAUAUUUUUUAUAAUAACUAAUGCACGCUUAACAUUGUAUUCCAGUGAAAAUGAUGUAUCGUGUUGUAAAUAUGACGUAUACGUUAAUCUUUGAAUUUAAAAUAAAUUUUAAUAAAAUAUAUAAGGCAAUUUAUCAUUUUUUAAUUUAUAAGUUUAAACAAAAUUUUAAAUUACCUUUUUAAUAAAUAUUGUUUAUCUUUCAUAUUUUUUUUUACGUAUAUAUAGAAUAUAAUAAUAUAAAAAAUAUUUCAAUGAUAAAGGUAAAGAUUGGAAUUGAAUUGGUAGUGUGGGUGUAAAAUUGUUAAUCAAUGAUUAUAUAUAUAGAGAUAUGUAUAUAUAGAUAUAUAUAAGAGUAGUACAUGUUUAAUGUGAUUUCAUAUGUAUCAAUUCGCAGUAUAUAAUGUUAAUAUAAUGUUACAGUGUAUGUGUUACAGAGUAAGUGAUAGCGGCUGAUAUUUUGUUUUUUUUUUUUUUUUACCUUAUCGUAAUAUUAAUUAUAUUUUAAAACUUAAAAUAAAUUUAUCUAUUCUACGUAAACGCUAGCAGCUAAAAGCAUUUUUUUUUUUUACUGUAUACAGUAAUUAUAGUUUUUAAAAAUUUUUUUUUGAAUUUUUUCCGCUGUUAUCUUUUGCUGUCGGUCGUGAGUAAAGAGUGUAUUUGUUGAUCAAUUUGUUAGUGUCUGUGUUUAUGACUUUUUUUUUAAUUACUUUAUUAUUGGUGGUGAAUUAUUAUUUAUAUUUCAUUUAUUUUUUUUUUUUAGAUUGUUUUUAAAAAUAUUUGGCGAGUGAGUGUCAGCGUAAGAGUAAUUAUGGAAUACCGAUCAUUAGUUUUUAAAUUUUAAUAUCAAUUGUAUGAUAAAUAUAUAUUUUAUAUUAAUGAUCGUUAAUGUUAAUGACAGAUGACUGUUUUAAAGAAAAUAAUAAUUUUAAACUCAGUGAAAUUAAAAUAAUUUUUAUAAUUAAAAAAUGGAUCUAUCAAGGCAACAGAUAAUUUAAAAUAUUCAUUUAAAUCUCUUGUAUUUCAUAUAUUAUUUAAUAUAUACCCCUAAUUGAGUAGGCAAUACAUUUCUUGGCAAAUUUAAAAACGAGGAAAAAAAAUAGAAAAAAAAAAAAAAUGAGUAAAUAAAUAAAUUAACUGACUCCCAAAAAAUAGGACCAGAUAAUUGUGCUGGCUAUUAAAUAUACAUGAUUAUUUAAAUAAAAUUACGCUUAAAAUGCUUUAUCGCAAUUAUUGUUUGUUCACCAGUUUUUUUUCUCAUCUAGCCUCUCGCUCUCUCGCUCACUCGCUCAAGUAUUUUAUCCUUUUAUUCAUCAUCAUUAUCAUUAUAUUAUUAUUAUAUUUUAAAUAUUAUUUUGUAUAUUUAGAUUUUCAUCUAGACAGUGGUACACUUGGUAGGGUGCUCAGGGCUGCUAGGCACAUGUAAUUGACUCGCAAAUAACUCUUUAAACAACAUUAGAGCGUACGACAUACAGUACAAUGCUACACAGAAAAAAUGGAUUUUUUGGCGCAAUAAAUAUUUUUCACUACCAACUGAAAAUUUUAAUUUUUUUAAGACUUGGAAGAAUUUAUUGGCGCAAUAAUUUUUUUCUCACCUAAAAAAAUUUUUUUUUUAUACAAAAAAUUUUUUUACAGGUAAAAAAAAAAUAUAUAAUGAUAUAUAAUUUUUUUGAACCCGGAUUAGGCGAAGUAAAAAUUUUUUUCGGGCGAGUAAAAAUUUUUCGCGCCAAAAAAUCAUUUUUUUUCUGUGUAAGUAAUUAUAUACAUUUAUAAAUAUAUAUCCAAAUAAAAUACUUAUAUAUAAAUAAAAAUAUUUAUAAAUGUAUAUAAUUACACACACAUUUACGUUUACAUAUUUUUUAUUUUUUUUUAUAAUUUAUUUAUUCUUUUUUUUUUUAGUAUUAAUUGUAAGUUUAAUGGCAUCGCAACAAAAGUAUGUAGAGUAAGAGUGAUUGAGCGUGUAUAUGUUUGUUAUAUAAAUUUGUGUACAUGUAAUUGUAUACUGAUUAUUCUGUUUAAUUAAUUUCAAUUAUAAUUUUAUAUAUUUUUCUUUUUUUUAUCAUUCGUGUGUUAAUGUUAUUUAUAUUUUUUAUUAUUGUACUAAUAAUUAUACCUCUAUAGCAUUAAAAUACAUUUAAAUUUAAAUUUAUACGCAUUGUACCGCGGCAUAACGGGCAAUAAUUUAUUAUAAAGGGACGGGUGGUUACUCGCAAAUCACCGGAUUAAUAAUUCAAUUUAAACGAAUCCUUGUAUCUCUCGUAUUUGUCAGAUACUUAAAUUUAUUAUUUAUUGAAUAAAUAAAUAUCCACCCAAAUUAAAAUUAAAAUUUUUAAAAUAACAAAAUUUUAAUUUCCCGUUAUGAUACAGUUUUUUAAAA